AUGGAACAGAUAAAGAGGGCAAAUAAACUGUUCACAAAUGACUGUAUAUUUCUGAGGAAAACCCUGAAUAUUCCUGUUAUAUCAGAGAAACCAUUACUGUUCAAUGGACUUAAUUCACUGGAAUCUCCCGAGAAUGAAACUGUUGACAGCUCCCCUCCUUGUGAUGAAGGACUAGUGACAGUUCAGGAAGAAAGUAGUUCUUCUCCCAGUCCUCAAGAGUCUGACAGUCAGCCCACUGCACCAGAAGAACUAUCUGCCAAAGAUUUCCUACAGAGAUUGGACUUGCAGAUUAAGUUAUCCAAACAAGCAGCCAGAAAACUAAAAGAUGACAAUGUCAGAGAGGAGGAGAAUGAGGAAGGUCCCUAUGCAACUUCUUCGUAUCACCAGUAGAAGACAGAUGGGAUGGCCUGAAAACUUUCCAUGAAAUCAGUUCUUAAAGAACUAAAUGGUCAAUAUAAUUCAAAACCCAAGUCUUUUGGACUCAUCAUCUUGAUGUGCUUAAAACAAGUCAUGAAUGGGUAAUUGCACUGAAAUUAUGACCUCUUCUGCCUUCCAUAGGUUAAUGUCCUUAUGCUCUAUCAACAAAGGGUUUAAGCCUUCCAAAACUAGCAAUGGCCUUUAUACCCCUUCUGUGCAAACUGUAGCAUGGUAGCAACAAUAUAUCCUUGAGGUCACCUUUAUGCAGGAUGUUGAUCUUUAGUAAAGAUUUUGUAAAUACUUGUUAAAGUGAAAUUUGUUUUCAGUAUUUAAAAAUAAGUUUGCUUGUAAAUGACAAACUAUGAACAUAAUAGACAUUUACUCAUUCUGCAAACACAAGCAAUUUUGCUGUGGAAGUUUUGUCUGCUUCAGGGCUGCAGAGCUUGCCUCUGAACUCUGUGUGUGUGUCUGUGUGUGGUUAUGAUGUAUUGCUAGAAAGGGGAAUUCAACUUGUUUUGAUUAGUUAAAGCCUUUAUGGUUAAACAACUAUUUGCAAAUUGGAUUUCUGCUAAAAGGGAAGACUUAACAGCAAGAGAUUUUUCUUUGUGAGAUAUGACAUUGGAAUAUCAGAUGUGUGUUCUGUGCAAUUAUAUUUUGUGCGGUUUUAAUUUAAUAAAUACAAAAA